AUGACCCACGUCAAUCUGAGCACGCGGGACGUCAACGUCCUCGAAAAGAUCAAGGACCCCGAGUUCAACCCGGCUGCUGGCGUCAUAACCGACGAGUCGCUGCCUCGCGACCCUCACGUCACCGACCCGGCCGACUAUGGCAGCCUGGUCCAGCAGGAGCGCACCAUCAUUGCCAAAAUCCAGGCCCUAGAAACGGAGUCCAGCAGCGAGUCCCAGUCACAGAACACAAACGAAACAGCUAUACAGGGCUAUCAACAAUGCCUCGCCGAGCUGGACACUCUUAUUUCUGAAUUUCCCAACUACGCAAGCGCUCGCAACAACCGCGCCCAAAUCAUCCGACGGCUCUACGGAGAUGCCAUGCUGCUCGAAACCACCACGGGCCUGCCGUUGCCGCUGAUCGAGCAGCCUGACGCCACCGAGAAGAAGGAGGCUGCUGUCCGCGCCCUGCAAGACUUGGAAACAUCCAUCUCUUUACUGUCGCCGGCUGCCUCGUCGACCGCCAUCUCGCCCCAGGCAGCACGAACCCUUUCCAUGGCCUACACGCAGCGCGCCGCCAUCUACCUCCGCACAUCCAAGCUGCUCUCCGACCGAAUGCUGGACACCGACGAGAGCCGACCCGAGGCCAGCUGGAACCGUGUCCAGUUUGAGCAGGCUGCCUCGCACGAUCUGGCAUAUGGUGGUCGCUAUGGUAAUCAGAUCGCAAAAGGGCUGGCUGUGAGCGUCAACCCUACGGCCAAGCUAUGCGGGCAGAUUGUUCGGGAGGCUAUGAAGAGGGGAUACGGCCCAUCAUUUGAUGAGUAA